UAAAAUUUUCAGGAUAAAAUUUUUUUUUUAAUUUUUUUCUGAUUUUUUAUUAUUUUUCUAAUUUAAAGCAUUAUUUGAGUAAAAAGAAACACAUUGCAACAAAUUCGCAUUAAAAUAAAUCAUUUUUUUUUAAUUUUGCUGAAUUGCUCAAAAAUGAUCAAAAUUUUACAUUUUCUCAAACAGGGUAUGGAACUUGGUUCCUCGAAUAACUUGCGGCACGGACACCUGAGAGCAUGGCCAAGAAGAAAAUAUAGCCAUUGGUGUCAUCUAUUGACCACAGGUUAAAGAUUGGCGAUCCGUUGGAUAGGGACCGAGUUAUAGGCAAAACUUGGUGCAAAAUUGUGGAAAAUUUUACAUUUUCUCAAACAGGGUAUGGAACUUGGUUCCUCGAAUAACUUCCGGCACGGACAUCGGAGGGCAUGGCCGUCCAAGAAGAAAAUGUAGCCAUUGGUGUCAUUUAUCGACCACAGGUUAAAGAUUGGCGAUCCGUUGGAUAGGGACCGAGUUAUACGCAAAAUUUGGUGCAAAAAUGAGGAAAAAAGGAAACACACGAAUAAACCAUCAGCUAUAACUUCACAAAUAAUUGUUUAUGGUCGCUCACCUGAUGUGGCGAUUGUGUAGUAAACAAUACGAUCGAUUAUUUUGAUUCUCGUAAUGUUCAACCAACCUGAACGAUCCGCUCACUUUAAGUACCAAGGGAAUCAUAUUAAUUUAAUUAUAAUGACAGAUAUAUAGUACCUGUUCUGAUAUGUUGUCGGUUAGUUUGCAAACAUUCUGCGCAAUAGUGAAUACAACAGUGAUGAAAACACAUCGUUACUUGAUGUUCUCCUUCAUAGUAAGGCUAGGUAGGUAGAACUCGACAUAAAUGCCUUUUACACCUGUAAUCGAACCUUUCAUUAUGUCGUUUUGCGUAUUUUCCCGUCCUACAUUCUAGCAAAUCUCUGGCUGUGCAUACACAGACCAACAAUUGUACACUCGGCCCCUCAAACAUGCAGUGUGCUAGAAGGUAGCUGUGUCUACGACACAUUGAACGUAUCCGCCGAUGGACUUCAGCGAUUGCGAGCAUCUGCACGUGAAUAUCCAUCGACGUAUCAGAUCACAGUGGAACGACUGAUCACGCCCCAUCCUGAUGGUGUAUUACUGCAUGUGUUAUCAGAGUUUGCACAAGAGGUCGAAUACGUGCAGUACAAUGAACGCGUACUACGUAUUCCUCCCAAUGCUACGUUGAAAGGUAUAACAAUAAGGAAUGCAUCAGAGCUACGAAUGAUCACUGUUGCCGCACCAAACUAUCAGCUAACCUCCCUACAGAUUGACUAUGCCUCACUAGCCCGCAUCUCUGACACAUUUCGCAACUUACGGGGAAUACAAUUUCUUAUUCUGGAAAAUGGUGCCUUGGAGACAUUAAGCUUAGAUCCGUUCGUCAACAGUCCCCAACUACUUAGCCUGGGAUGCAGCGUUAACAGGAUUUCCCAGCUGAUACCUAGCCGUAAUGCAAGUCUCAUCCUACCAAUAACGGACCUGAUGUUAGCCUACAACCUGUUGGAAUCCAUAAGCGGAGAUUUCUUCCGGCCACUACACAUGCUCCAAUACGUUACACUCGACAGCAAUCGAAUUCAGUGCAUCGAAGGGAGUCCUAUCUCGCUGCCCCGAGUAAGGUACAUCAGCUUAGUGCGGAACCAAUUGAGCCAACUGGACGUAUCCGAAUGGCAUGUACCGCGUUUGAUAGAAAUCUAUCUGGAAAGCAACAAUCUUACGCGUGUUCCGGCUGGGAUAGAACGACUACCGAAUCUAACUACCUUGGUGCUGCAGAACAAUUUGCUCAAGGUCGUCGAUCUGCGUCGUUUCGACGGUUGGACCAAACUGAUAAAGAUUGAUCUCAGUGGAAAUCGAUUGCGCAAUGUGAUCGUAUCAGGCACCGGACGUAUUUCACUGCCCAAUGUGGUGAUGGUGCAUUUGACCAACAAUCAGCUUACUCACCUGGAGUACGCCCGUUGGGACUUUCCCCAGCUUACCACACUCACGAUCGCUCUCAACGAAUUUCAACGUCUGCCGGAUUUGUUUCAGAUCUUUCCAAAGUUAAAACGGGUGCUUGCAUUGCAUAAUCCACUGCACUGUAGCACUGUUCGCCAAUGGGAGCAGUACAUUGUGGACUUUAAACUAAGCGUCGACACAACUGCCUUCGGUAUGCCCUGCAUCACGAAUGCAAUGCUAAAGCUACCGUCGGGACGAGAACUUUGCUGUGUGGAAUAA